UAAUCUAGUCUAGAUUCUAAAUUUAACUUGCAUAUGACUAUCAUAUGAUAAUGAUAAACUGAUACUAUCAGUGAUAGUGAUAGAUCUACAAUAAAAGUAACAAUACAAUAACAAUAAAUGAAAAAAGUAUAAAAAUAAAGUUAAUAAAGACUUUAAAAGAGAGAUAUAAUCUAGACUAGACUAAGAAUAGUAAGAAGCAUCAGUUAUCAGUACUGUAUAAUCAGUUGUCAGUAUAGAGUCUAUAUCUAAUCUAGAUUCUAGAUCUAUCUUUUUUAUCAUCUUCUCUUCUUGAUAUUAUAGAAUUCAAUUAUAGAUCUAAUAGAUAAUAGAUCUAUCAUUAUCCAAUAAUAUAAUAAUAUAGCAAAUAUGGCUCACUUUGAUGAAAAAAGUGGUGCAGUUCAAUGUAAAACAGAAUGGGGGUGUUGGUGGCAAACUAUUGAUGAAGUUUUUAUUGAAAUUCAUUCUGAAACUAUUUUAAAUUCCAAAGAUAUCAAAUGUGUAAUAAAACCUAGAAACAUCAGUGUACACAUUAAAAACACUACAAUACUAGAAGGCAACUUGUUUGAACCAGUUCACGCAGAUGAUGCGGUCUGGACGCUAGAGGAUAAACGUUUGAUUCGCAUUUGCCUAAGUAAGUCUCACAACACAGCGGCACACUGCUGGCCGUCCUUGCUUGUAGGGCAGUAUGAAGCAGACCCAUUCACAUUUGAUGAGAUGCAGAAAAAGUUAACUUUACAAAGAUUUCAAUAUGAGAAUCCUGGUAUGGACUUCAGUGGGGCAACAAUGACUGGAAACUAUCAGGGCGGAGGACCACAGCUGCCCAGUUAAAACUAACCUCGUUGCUCAUCAUGUGUACUUUGUUUACUUCUGACUAUAUUGUUAAAUAAAUCAACAUGCCAUAUUGAA